AUGGCACUCAAAGGCCAGCGCUUAAGAUCCGGAUGGCUAGUCCUGCCGCUGGCAUGGGCAUUCUACAGCUUGAGCUUUGUGACGCCCACAGGUCCCACUGAGAGGCUUCAACUCGUCCAACCCGACGCCGCGAACGGGAACCGGCUUUACGGCGCGUCUGGGCGACCUGAGGCAGCUUCCUCCAGCAUUUUGGCGCUCGGCUUGACCGCUGUCGCGGGAGCCGUGAGCGCGAGAGCUGGAACAAGGGCAGUUCGUAGAAGAGCGGAAGAGAAAGAGGACUGGACCCUGGACUUUGUCUCCAAGAAAUUCGCCCCUGAGGUCAGGAUCGUUCUGAUCGCAGUGACGGCAACGUUUGUUUUGCACGUCGUCCUGUGUAGUCUCCACCACUGCCGUCGGCAUCGGGAUUUGACUGAUGAGGACGCGAAAGCCUUCUCGGUCUUUGCGGAGGUUUACAAGUGCCACAAGAUUGAGAUACCUGAGGAUCUCUUUGAGUUAAAACCGCUCGCCAUAACCAGACGCCUCUGGAACUUCAUCAAGUGCGUCAUGUUCUGCCUACCCAAAACUCCCCCACGGGCCAAGCAGCCGGCAAGCGCCUGGGCAUUACUGGGGAUGGAGAUGGGGCCAGCGUCCUCCUACCUCAGCCAGCUGGCCAGCAAGAUUGACCAAGCCUUAUUGGUGUACCAGAGCCAACUUGCAAAGAGCUUGGUUGUCUAUAGCUGGUCUGGGGAAUGGAUAGAACCGAAAGAUGAGCUUUGUACACACUUUCCUUCCUUCAUCGUGGCGGAAGAAUGGAGACGCUGGGCUCGGACCAUCUCUCACUAUUCCCAGGAGGCGCAGCUGGAUUUGCUCCAAGAGCUGGAAACGCGUCUGGAGUUCCUGGAUGAGAUCGAAACUGGCCUCGGUCAUCCGCGACUCUCAGAGCUGCAGUAUUCCUAUGGUUGGGAUACCAAUGAGGAGCUGUCCCUUCUGAAGGCCUUCACCACAGUGGUGUCCCCCUCUAUUUGGAAAAUGAAGCCGCACAUCCAUUUGUCAAUGCUGCAGAAGUCCCAUGCCACACUGAUGAAGUCGGCCUUCUACAUCAGCAAGCGCCUCAUCACCCAAAUCAUUCGUUUUUUUGAAUGUGUCCUCCAUCAGGAUGAUGUGCGAGUGAAGUCCUUUAUUCAGGAACAGCGUCAGCCUCGAAAUAUCAGGUGGUAUUUCUGGGCAUUUCUGACCUGGCCCCAAUUCGCUGCGGCGGAUGGCAAAGACCUGAUGAAACAUUUGCACGUGCCGGAUCGAGACCCAGAGUGGCGCAAGCUCUGCCAUAUUGAUGCAGUGCUUCUGGCGUGGUAUUCCCUGAUCCAGCACUUGCUGUUAGAUGAUUCCACGCCAGAUGACGAGAGCACAUAUGAUGUGAUUACAAGACUCAGGCGAUCCGAAGAAGGUUUCUUCUACGGUUUCAACGAUCUUAUGGCUGGUUUCGAUUAUCGAACCUACAAAGAAAUGCCGCAGGGCCAUGAUGCCAAGAAUGUGGAACCGAUCCGUGUGCACCAUCGCGACUGUUUCUUAAAAUCCUAUUCCGCCAAUGACUUUGGUCUGAGUGAAGAGAAGUUCCGAGAGUUGGUCGACAUCAUGUCAUUCUUCAUCUCCCGGACGCUCUUUGCCACGAAUCAGCUGGCGACGUUGCUCCUGUUACAGGCCAGUCUUCCCUUGAUUGUGGGACGGCUCUUCACCGAUGAGCUCUUUGGCAAGCAGCAUCUCUUUUCAGUGCUGAAUUUUGCCAAGAUGGUCACAGAUCAAUUGAGGUAUCAGACAGACGAAAUCAAAACUAUUCUGCUGGACGGCUGGCAGAGCAAUCGUCGCCAUGAGAAAAAUUCCACCUGGUGUAAUCUGGGGCCGCUGGACAAUUUCCGCUUGGCGAUGCAAGCGAAAAAGGACAUCGACAAACUGCUCUAUGACAUUGACUUCCUGGUGGAACAGAUGCGGGAGCAGGUGGCCAAGACCCAAAUCUCGCGCCUGGCCGGGAUAGAGGAGGUGUGGCGCUUGAAUAUAGAAAUGUACGCCUCACUUUGGACCAGCGUGUCGGAAUGGCAAAACAUUGAGAUCUCGCAAAGCAGCCAGGACAUUUCAAGUGCGCCGGAAUGGAAACAGCAAUGGCUUCAGCACAACCAGAAACUUUCCGCCCCCCUGCGACCGACUGGAUUGCCUCCAGCAGAAAUUUCAGUCUGA